UUAAUAUUUGAAGAAUAGAUCCAUGGGGCCAUAUGGGCCCUUUCUUGCUGCAAAAGACUCCAGGUGAGACUAGAAUUCAGGAAAGCGAAAAGCACUAUCACAUUCUUAUUUUCCCACCAAGAAACCAAACAACUAAGCAUAUUAAAAACAAAGCAAAACCUAGACUGGGGAAAAAACAAAUGUUGAUGAGAAGCCUUCACUUUCACUACACUCACAAAAUCAUCCUACUUCUCAGUAGGCUCACUUCAUUCUUUCUUAUCUUCUUCAUUUCUGACGUUAACCAUGGCAACCUUGUCCAAGCACAUAUCUUCAACUAUGCAGGUUGCUCUCAAGAAAAGUAUCAACCCAACUCUCCCUUUGAAGGCAACCUCAACUCCUUUCUAGCCUCAGUUGUAAGCUCAUCCUCUCAAGCCUCUUACAAUAGCUUUGCUAUUGGAAAUGGAACCUCUAGCCCACCUGAAGCUACCAUAUAUGGCUUGUAUCAGUGCAGGGGUGAUUUAAAGAUUAUUGACUGUUCAAGUUGCAUGCAAAGCGCGGUUAACCAGAUAGGUCUUGUUUGUCCAUACUCUUAUGGGGCUGCUUUACAACUAGAAGGCUGUUAUGUAAGAUAUGAGCAUAAUGAUUUCUUGGGAAAGCUAGAUACGAGUCUGAGAUACAAGAAGUGCAGUAAAAGUAUAAACAAUGACGCCGAAUUCUUUCGGCGAAGAGAUGAUGUUCUUGCUGACUUGCAAACAGCAAUAGGAUUUAAGGUUAGUAGUUCAGGUCUAGUAGAAGGUUACGCUCAGUGUUUGGGGGACUUAAAUUCAGCUGAUUGCUCUUCUUGCCUUGCUGAUGCUGUUGGGAAGUUAAAGACUUUAUGCGGCUCAGCUGCGGCUGCCGAUGUGUUCUUGGGACAGUGUUAUGCGCGAUACUGGGCAUCGGGCUACUAUGAUUUCUCUUCAGAUUCCUCCAACCAGGAUGAAGUGGGAAAAACAGUAGCCAUCAUCGUUGGUGUACUAGCAGGGCUGGCUGUUCUAAUAGUUCUUCUCUCAAUUUGCCGGAAAUCAAUGGGUUAAGAAAGAGAUAGGGUCAGUCGCCAUGGAAGGGUCCAGACUCCGGAAUGUUUAUUUUAAUAUUCUUGUGAAAUGUACCUUUGUGCUUUUUUUUUUUUUUUUCCUCUCUCUAAAUGGACUCGAUUUUUGCACAAAAGAAGGUGGUGGUUAUCCUCUGCUAUAAAGUAGCAGCACUACUGAUCAUCUCUAAUUUAUCCACUAUUUUAAAAAUAUAUACAUUUUUAUGUUAAUUAAUUAUAAUUACAUUCUUC